AUGUGGCUCUCCACCCUCCUCAUCACCACACUACUAUCAACCACUACAUCCUCCUAUCCCACAACAAAUCAAACCUACACCAACCCCAUCCUCCCCGGCUGGCACUCCGACCCAACAUGCGCGCACGUCCCGGAGCAAAACACCACCUUCUGCGCCACCUCCACCUUCAUCGCCUACCCCGGACUCCCCAUCUACGCCAGUAAAGACCUCCAGAACUGGAAAUUGGCCAGCAAUGCCUUCAACCGGCCCUCUCAAAUCCCCGAUCUCCGCAACACCACGGACCAACAAGGCGGCAUCUACGCCCCAACCCUGCGCUACCACAACGGCACCUUCUACCUGAUCGUCACCUACCUCGGCUCAGACAUUCAAGGCCUCCUCUUCACCACCACCAACCCCUACAACAACUCCGCCUGGACCGACCCCCUCGUCUUCACCGUCACCGGCAUCGACCCAGAUAUCUUCUGGGACGACGACGGCACCGUCUACGUCACAUCCGCAAACAGCGGCUCUUCCAGCGGCAACCACAUCCAACAGUACUCCCUCGACCUCACUACCGGGGCUACCGGCCCAGUCCACAACCUCUGGAACGGCACCGGGGGUUCCAGCCCCGAGGGGCCACACAUGUUCCGCAAAGACGGAUACUACUACCUCAUGAUCGCCGAGGGAGGAACCGAACUCGGCCACUCGGAGACUAUUGCGCGGUCUAGGUUCCGGACCGGGCCGUGGGAAGCUUAUUCGCGGAAUCCGCUGCUGACGAAUCGCAAUACGACGCAGUAUUUUCAGACGGUUGGGCAUGCGGAUCUGUUUCAGGAUAGCAUGGGGGAUUGGUGGGCUGUGGCGCUGAGUACGCGAUCUGGGCCGGCGUGGAAGAACUAUCCCAUGGGGAGAGAGACGGUUCUUGCGCCGGCGAGAUGGGAGGUGGGCGAGUGGCCGGUUGUGCAGCCUGUUAGGGGGGUGAUGAGUGGGCCUUUGAUGGAAGAGGAUAGGGGGAUUACAGUUGGUGAGGGAGGCUGGAUUGACCAACCUGAUAGGGUGGAUUUCGUUCCCGGGUCGGCGAUACCGGCGCAUUUUGUGUAUUGGAGGUAUGCCAGGACGGAGGAUUUUGUGGUUUCGCCGGAGGGAUAUCCUAAUACUUUGAGGUUGACUCCGUCGUUUUAUAAUCUGACGGGGACGGCGGAGUUCAAGCCUGAUGAUGGUUUGACGCUGGUUAUGCGUCGACAGACGGAUACGCUGUUCACAUAUGGUGUGGAUGUCUCGUUUGAUCCCGAGGUGGAUGAUGAGGAAGCAGGGGUUACGGUCUUUUUGACGCAGGAGCAGCAUAUUGACCUGGGCAUUGUGUUGCUACAGAAUGACCUGUCAUUCAGAUUCCGCGUUGAAGGUCGUGGGAAUUACGACGGUCCUCUUCCUGGACGAACUGUUCCUGUUCCAAAGGAGUGGCAGACAGGUCCUAUCAGGUUCGAGAUUCAGGCUGUCAACGACACAACUUAUGCUUUUGCGGCUGCGCCAUCGAGAAGCCCGAGUCAGAGGAAGAUCAUUGGGUAUGCAGAUACAAGGAUUGUAAGUGGUGGCACUGGUCGAUUUACUGGCUCGCUUGUUGGUGCUUAUGCCACGAAGAACGGAGGCGCUGGGUAUACGCCGGCUUAUAUUAGUAGAUGGAGAUACCAAGGACAAGGUCAGGAAAUUGAUUUUGGUCGUAUAGUUCCGAGCUGGACCAGUCCCAUAGCAAACGGGGGUUAUGCAUACCUGUUUCGACACCCCGGCAUGUUCACCCCCGGCACUGCAUCCUGUGCUGUUGAUAAUAGCUUCAGCACCCCCAGCAAAGCCAACAAUGAUCAGCGGUCAUUUGACACCAAUGAUUAUCAUUACGGAUUAGUGUCUGGUAUGGAUAUACUGGGCACUCGAUUCCUAGGAAGUAGAGUCGCUCAACGUUAG